AUGGCCAACCGCGGCUACGACGUUGUCGUCGAUAUAGAUGCUGAGGGCGACCUUGGGCACACCGACCUCCAAGAGGACCUGGAAUUCCACACCUCAAACUUUGAGGAGAGUUCCCGCAAUGCCAACAAGUCCCGUCCCGAUUCGACCCCAUUCCUAGGAGGCAGCUCCUCCCGACGAGACACCUCUCCCGGCGGCACACCUUCCAAGCAUCGCUUUUGGACUCUAUCAUACUACGCACAGUAUUUCGACGUGGACACCAGCGAAGUCUUCCGGCGUUGCACGGCAACGUUAUAUCCGCGCUCUAAUUUCCUUGAUGUUUUAGACGGCAAUGCGGAUCUCUACGGGCCCUUUUGGAUCGCCACCACCGUCGUCGUGAUACUUUUCCUUACCGGAACUAUUUCCCAAUAUCUCGCCCGUGAGAAAAAAGGUCACUUUGAGUAUGAUUUCCGCCUCCUGUCUGGUGCCGCAGGGCUUGUGUACGGAUACACGGGUGUCAUUCCCAUCGCUCUGUGGGGAGCAUUACGCUGGUUCGGGAGUACCAGUGCAGACUUAAUUGAGUGCUGGGCUCUCUAUGGCUAUGCCAAUCUUAUUUGGAUCGCCGUUGCUUUGGUGAGCUGGAGUCCGCUUACGGCCCUCAACUGGGUGCUUGUGGGCGUUGGGUUCGGAUGGACGGUCUUUUUCUUGCUACGGAAUUUGUAUCCCGUUCUUAGCACGGCGGACACAAGAGCAAGCAAGAUCUUGUUAAUCCUGGUCAUUGUGUUACAUGCUGGACUGGCCAUUGCGAUCAAAGUCCUCUUUUUCGCUCACGGAAGUCCGGCAAAGAAGCACAAGGACAAGGGCAAGGAUGAUGACGAUAAGGAUAAAAUGGCACGCAUGCUCUUCUGAUUAUGACAUGAUUCCGCUUGCUUUUUUGGUCUUCCGCAACUCUGUUCCAUUGUAUUUUAGACCCGUCUAUGUCCCGUAAAUGUCGGCAUCUAAGCUGACUCUGUAACUUCUAAGCACACGGUAGUCGCGAGAUGAAAGAAGAAAUUGAACUUGUUGAUUUCCGAG